AUGCUGAGGGCCUUCGCGCGGCGAGCCGUCUCGGCCUCCUCCGGCCGCGCCCCGGCCCCGCCUCGCCGCCGCGGGCGGCGGGGGUUGAGCUCCGGAGUGCUCCCCGACGGCGUCGACCGCGGCUCCGGCGAGUACGCCCGCAACGCCGGCGCCAUGGCGGAUCUCGUCUCGCAGCUCCAGUCUCACGUCCAAAAGGUGAUCGGCGGGGGAGGAGCGGAAGCCGUGAGGAGAAACAAGAGCAGGAGCAAGCUGCUUCCUCGGGAAAGGAUCGAUCGCCUCAUCGACCCCGGCUCUUCUUUCCUCGAGCUCUCGCAGCUUGCAGGCCAUGAGCUGUAUGAAGAUCCUUUGCCAUCUGCUGGUAUAGUCACUGGAAUAGGUCCUGUUUACGGGCAGCUUUGUAUGUUCGUGGCUAAUGAUCCUACUGUUAAAGGGGGAACAUAUUUUCCAAUCACUGUUAAGAAGCAUCUCAGGGCACAAGAGAUUGCCGCCCGAUGCAAACUGCCAUGUGUAUACCUUGUUGAUAGUGGCGGCGCUUUCCUCCCAAAACAAGCUGAUGUUUUCCCUGACAAGGAAAAUUUUGGUAGGAUAUUUUACAAUCAAGCUGUGAUGUCGUCCGAAGGCAUUCCUCAAAUUGCACUGGUAUUAGGCUCUUGCACUGCAGGGGGUGCCUAUAUUCCUGCCAUGGCUGACGAAAGUGUUAUGGUCAAGAGAAAUGGUACUAUAUUUCUUGCUGGGCCACCACUUGUGAAGGCUGCUACGGGAGAGGAAGUUUCUGCAGAGGAUUUAGGGGGUGCAGCGGUGCAUUGCAAGACGUCAGGUGUUUCGGAUUAUUUUGCACAAGAUGAGCUGCAUGGUCUUGCUCUUGGAAGGAACAUCAUUAAGAAUUUGCACACUGCUGGGAAACAAGGAACUUUGGCUAGAUUGCAAAAUGUCAAUUCUGAGUUUAAAGAGCCAUUAUAUGAUGUGAAGGAGCUUCGUUCUAUUGCACCAACAGACCACAAGCAGGCCUUUGAUAUUCGGUCUGUUAUUGCUCGGAUUGUAGAUGGCAGCAAAUUUGAUGAAUUCAAAAAACUCUAUGGCACUACUCUCGUGACAGGAUUUGCCCGGAUUUUUGGACAACCUGUGGGAAUUAUUGGGAACAAUGGGAUACUCUUUAACGAAUCUGCUUUAAAGGGGGCCCAUUUCAUUGAACUUUGCUGCCAGCGUAACAUUCCUCUUAUCUUCCUUCAAAAUAUAACUGGGUUCAUGGUUGGAUCCAGAUCGGAAGCAAAUGGGAUAGCUAAAUCUGGAGCAAAAAUGGUGAUGGCAGUCUCUUGUGCAAAGGUUCCCAAAGUUACAAUCAUUGUGGGUGGAAGCUUUGGUGCUGGAAAUUAUGCUAUGUGUGGCCGUGCAUACAGUCCUGAUUUUAUGUUCCUAUGGCCAAAUGCAAGAAUUUCCGUUAUGGGAGGAACUCAGGCUGCCGGAGUCCUGUCUCAAAUAGAGAGGGCGAACAAGAAAAGGCAGGGAGUCCAGUGGACGAAGGAAGACGAGGAAAGUUUCAAGGCGAAAGUCGUGGAGGCAUACGAAAGGGAAGGAAACUCUUACUACUCCACGGCGAGGCUGUGGGACGACGGGAUCAUCGACCCGGCCGACACCAGAAAAGUCAUCGGCCUCUGCAUCUCCGCCUCGUUGAACCGUGACCCAGAGGACACCAAGUACGGGGUCUUUAGAAUGUGAAAGUACCAAACGAUGGGGGGGAGGAGAAAGAAGGGACGGCGCUCGUCGCUCCAUGUAUAGGAAAAAAACUCCCCGGCAGCCACAUCCAUUGAUCGGAAUCCCAAUGUAAACUUGCCCGUCAAAUUGCGAAAAGAACCUUUGCAUCUCUCUUUCUUUCUCACAUCGAUCUUUUUCCGUAA